AAUCUUAGGAAGAGUCAGGGAGAGAGGCGUCGACUAACCGCUGUAUAAAAGCCAACGGUCGAUGGUUCAGAGCAUCACACAACCACGACACCUCCGUGAGACAACAUGAAAGCGUUCUUGGUAUUGGCUGCUGUAGCGACGCUCGGCUCGGCUCGGCCCGAGGCGGGAUAUAGUUACAAUGCUCCCGGUGGCGGCGGCAUCGGCGGAGGCCACGGUGGUGGCAUCGGCGGUGGCAUCGGAGGUGGACACGGUGGUGGCUUCUCCUCCGGCGGCGGACAUGGCGGCGGCUUCUCCUCCGGUGGCCUGAGCUCUAGCAGCUUCGGCAUCGGCGGCGGCAUCGGCGGAGGCAGCGGUGGAUUCUCGUCCGGUGGCUUCUCCUCCGGUGGUGGCAGCGGAUUCGGUGGUGGAUUCGGCGGCGGCGCCGGCGGCGGUUUCGGCGGCGGUGCCGGCGGUGGUUUCGGCGGCGGCUUCGGCGGCGGCCCCAUCGUUCAGAAGCACAUCUACGUGCACGUCCCACCCCCAGAACCUGAAGAACAGCGUCCCCAAGUGAUCUCCGGAGGUGGUGUGGCCCAGAAGCACUACAAGAUCAUCUUCAUCAAGGCCCCCGCACCUCCCGCGCCCCAGGUGCCUAUUAUCCCCGCUCAGGCCCAAAACGAAGAGAAGACCCUCGUAUACGUGCUGGUCAAGAAGCCCGACGAACAGCCCGACAUCACCAUCCCCACCGCCGCCCCCACUCAGCCCUCCAAACCCGAAGUUUACUUCAUCAAGUACAAGACCCAGAAGGAGGCCGGUGGUUCCAUUGGCAUCGGUGGUGGUUCUGGAAUCGGUGGAGGUCUUGGCGGUGGUCUUGGAGGUGGUAUCGGCGGUGGCAGCAUUGGUGGUGGACUCUCCGGUGGCAGCAUUGGCGGUGGCAUCUCUGGCGGUAGCAUCGGUGGUGGACACGGAGGCAGCAUCGGCGGUGGACAUGGAGGCAGCAUCGGCGGCGGCAGCAUCGGCGGUGGACACGGAGGAUCAUCUGGCGGAGUCAGCUCCUCCUAUGGCCCCCCUGGCCAGUCCGGCCCCUAUUAAACAGCGCAAGAAGCGCUCCCAAUGUGAUACCUGCUCUGCCGGCGAAAACUAGUUAUAAGUAGAGAAAAAAAAUUACGGUGCCUAAAUGUAUUUAUGUAAAUAGUAAUUUUAAUUAAUUUUAGUUGUAUCAUAAAGUUCUUUUGCAUAAAACUUCUAAACAAAACA